CUGAUUGCAUGUCUGAAGCUAGCUGGAUAAAGGGUCUCGGCAGACGUGCUGGCUGGACUCACUCACUCACUAAUCGCACAUCACAUAACAUCAAGGCUUUAAGUAUCUGUCUGUCUGUUUAGGUCCUCUCCCAUAUAAAGCCACAGACACAGCACACGGCCUACCUACCUUCACAUAAGCUUCACAGCCACACAUAGAUACCGACACGAGGGCACACACCACACCACACAUCAGUCAGUCAGACUGCCAGUGACUGAGUGAGUGAGUGAGUGAGUCAGGGGGCGGGUCAGUCUCUCGCUAUACACACACAUGCACACUGAUUGACACACAUACAUACAUCGUCCGAGCAGCACUGUUGCCCCGAGCAAGGCAAGGCAAGGCAAGGCAUUCACGCAAGGCAAGGCAUUCACGCCUUGCCUUGCCUUCGUUCCUUGAUGCGUUCGUUCCAUCGAUGGUCAUACUGUACACCGACCGAGACGACAGAUAGAUACAGGCCUGCCUGCCUGCCUGCCUGCCUGCCCGCAUAAGACACCCCCACCGCACCACACCCACUCACAGUGCUUGUGGCCGCGACGGGUCUUGCAUCGACCCCUCAGCCGGCGACCCCCCACCAUCCUCAUCCCUCUCCCGGUCCCCAAUGCGCUGCGGCGCUGCUGCUGCUGCAUCCGACAACCUGCCGUCAAGCAGCCCCGAGGCCAGCUCAUCCAAACGGAGGGGCGUCGGGGUCAGGUUGCGCUGGUGUGACGGCGUUCCCACGGGACUCGGGGCGGGGGCGACAGCCGCCAGACGCUGCUGCUGUGAACUCCCUGACACAACUGAGUGUGCCGCAGGUGUGGCCAGGGGAUGGUAAGGGACGGGGGGAUGAUUGGGGGACAGCAACAACCCCGGAGCAGCCACGGGGAAUGCACUUGGACUGGGCGUCCGCAUGCCGCCCAGACGUUGCGGAUCGACAAUCGAGUCGGCAGGCUCCCGCUCCCGCUCCCGCCCGACGGAGUGCUGUGAGUGCGACGAUACCUGGCGGAAGGGCAAUGGGGCUGACGGCAGCCGGUCCACCUGCAUAAACAUCGAGUCGGUCGACCCGCGAGGCCGCCGCGAUGACGUUGACGGGCGUGAGGUCAUGGGGGAGCCACGGAUGCGGUCUUGGCUCGGCCGGGAGCGUCUUCGGAAGGUUUCGGCUGGCCGCAGUGGGUGACGAUACUGCUGCUGGCUUGAUGAAGAGGAGCCUGUGGCAGUGCUGCCCUUCCAGCCGAGGACCGACUGGACAGUCCGGUUAGCGGUGCGCACGGACGCGGUUAAGAGGGAGCCGACGCCAAAUGGGUCGACGGCCAGGGCGUCGUUGGGCGCGAGCAUGUCCUCCAAGGCCACCAGACCGAGCAGACGGCGGAGAGCCUGCAUGACAGCCAAGCAGUCGAUCGGUUCAGGACAGGAGAUGAUCUCAGUUUCUUGUCUGGCUCAGCUCAAUGACCGACCUGAUAUCCGAUGCUCUUUAUGCGCGAGAGCGGCGUCCCCAUGACGUCAAUCGAAAACACAAACCGAUGCCUGCAGAGACACACACAGACACACACGGACACAGACACACUCAGGAGUAGGUGUAUGGUGUGGUUUAUGGUGGGGGGGAUGGUGUGUACUGACCAUUGUUUGUAUAGUUGGCUGAGGAAGUGUGUCCUGAUGAGCCCCCGGAUGUCAGCUGUGGUGAACAGCCGACUGUUGUGCUGGAUCGGGUCCCACCGGAAGUCCGCCUCACGAAGCACCAGGAACUGACAAUACACACGCACAUGGACACACACGCACACACAGCCAGCCGGCCGUUUUGCAGAUGCAGACGAGCCCGCCCCAGCACCCCACCCCACCUGUGUGUUGUGCUCACCUUGAUGACUUUGUAGAUUGAGAUGUUGAUCUGGAGGCUCUGCACCCACACGAAGUCGACAUAGAUGUACGGCCCGCCGCGCAAUGCUCCCUCCGGCGGCGGCUCAACAAUGGCCACCAUGCCCACGUUGGCCGCGCCCCCAGUGGUGCCGUCAUCGGGCUGCAGCGCCUCGAGCAUCGCGCGGAAGGCCUUGCCGAGGGGCUUGAGCACCGAGUCGACCAAACCGAAGUCGAGCUGCACUGCCAGUGGGGCGCAGUGGACCGUCAGUUGGUUGAUGUGGAGGUGCACCUCCUUCCUUCCCGCCUCCUUGCCGCCCACUGACAGUUGGUGCAGCCACUCAUCCUUCAGCUGGAUGUCCAGCCGCAGCAGGAAGGUCGGCAGUGCCACUGACGACGGAUACGGAUGUGUGUCAGAUGACACGGGCACGUCGGGCGCUUCGGGGGCGUCUUCGGCGAGUGACGGCAGCCCGGGCUGGCGGGGUGGGCGUCGCCACCUGCCGUGGCUGGUGCUGUGGGGUGGGCUGCUGUGGGGUGGGAUGCCGAAGGAAGGGCUGGACGGUGCCUCCGCCCCCUCGCCACCUCGUGCUGCGCGUGGUCGCAGGAUGUGGGGCAUGGGGGUGACGGCCGAAAGGUUGAAGAGGUCGAUCGACCCCACAGACACCGUCAGCCGCUGCAACUGCACUCGCUGCGCGUCGCCCGUCACUUUCUUGGUGGACACUGCCACGUUCCUCAGGAGCAGCUCCAGAGGCACCAGCAGCGCCCUCCCGCGGCUCGUGUAGCCGAUGCCACCUCGGGGAUGUGUCGUGGGGCCACCGCGUGUACAGGGCAGGGACUUGUCGAUGGCGACCACCACCUCACGAAUGGUCAGGCUCAGUGUCAUCGGCAGCUGGCGGCCUCCACUGGCAUGUGCGGACAUGGCUGCAUGCGGCCCGACCGCCGACCCUUGGAGGCUUUUCCUCUCACUCGGCCAGGUCAUGCCGCCCAUGGCCUCGGAGGGAGGGAGGGGCGACUCGACGGCAGCAGCAGCACCUGCAGCACCAGCAGCCAUUGUGGACUCCGACACCAUCUCGCCCUCAAUGGACACCAUCGUGGUGGGCCCAUGGCGGCGCACGCUCACGGCAGCCAAAUACCGACAGUGCCGGGCCUGCAGCCCGUCUCUCCUGAACUGCAUCAGCAGCGUCUCGACGGCGUGAUGCAGCUGGCCCUCACACCCACACAGCGCCGCACUCACGAUGCUCCCCCCCGCCGUGCGCGCAAGGGUGCGGGCGUGAACACUCUCGAUUGGGCUGGGGGCCAUCGGUGGCAGAACUCGCCGCUGCUGCUGUGGCGGCACAGCAGCAGGGGUGUCGCAGGGAGGCGGUGCAUCGGGCUGGGGCGGCUCACGCGAUGGCGUUGGUGGGUGCGGGGCCUCAGCUGCCUCCGUGCGUCGGCUGCCAUCCGGGGUGGGGGAUGGUUGGAAUCGCCAGACGGAGAAGGAGAUGUGAUCGGUGCCAGGCUUGUCCAGGUCAACGGUGAGUGCCACCUCGGGCAGCCCUCUCUCGCCGGCCUCGCCUUGCGACGUGUCGAAGUGGAGCGGCCGUAUGGCUAUGCCGAUGUGCCGCUGGCCCCAGGGGUCAUCCAAACCGAACGCCGUCUCGACGUCGGGCGGGAUGCACAAAGGGUGCCGCGAGCCGCGCUGGAUGACGUACACUCGAAGGGGCAGCUGGUGACGGAACAGCAGCAGGGGAGCCGGGCCGUCGUGGGUCGGCGGUCUUGGGACAAAGCCAGGUCGCUGGAAGGGCGUGUCCACAAUGAUAAAGGUGAUCCCGGCGUGUUCGAGGAUCUGCAGGUGGACCAGGUCGGUCCGCACGGCGUCUGGAUCAAGCAGCCGUGAGCCCGCACUCGCACUCCUGGCCCCCUUGCCACUCGUCUGCAUGAUGGAGUGCAAGUUGAGGUAGGCCGACUGCGGGCGGUUGCAAUCGAUGGCCGGCGACCACACGGCGUUGUAAGUCGACCACGUGGGGGCGUCCUGAUGGGCUGCCCUGGCGCGGGAACGCCGGCCCUCUCUCGCCCUGCCGCCAUCUCCUGCAUCGUGUCCACCCAGUGACGCGUCGCCAUAGUGUCGUCGGAUGAGAAGGCACUUGUGCUUGUUGGCGUCCCGCCACGAUAAGGCGAACAGCUGGCCCGAGGCGAGGGUCGCCCUGGCCCGCCCGGCAGUUGGGGGGUCUGGUUGGUGUGACCUGGGAGGGCUGAGGCUGAGGGAGCCCUCACUCUGCCCGAUGGCCUGCUGCUGCUGGAACUCCAGCAGGAAGGGACAACGGUUCAGCAGCACGUGCUUGGGCUUGAAGCUUAUCACUAUCGCCUGAGGGAGGGAAGGGAAUGAACGAACCAGCCAGCACUGACUCAUGCCAUGCUGUAGAUGGGAGCGUGUGUAUGUCUUGGCUCACUCACCUCAUCGAACUCUGGCCCCUUCAUCUCACAGUCGAAUGAGACCUCCUUGCCCCCAGCCAGCGUGAUGUCGUACGGCCCGCUCUCCGAAAAAGACGCCCCCAGCUUCCGCACAGCGCCUUUCUUGUGAGUCAGGACGAUCGACUGCAGCCUCGACGACCGCAAUCCAUCACCCCUCAGUGCGAACGACAUGUGCCGGCUCGACAGCAGUGCGGGCUGACACGCCGCAAUCUCACAGCCGCUCUCCACUGGCUGCUGCAAGUCCUCCUGUAGCUCGGCAGCUGCGUCCGUGAGGAAGGUCAGGAGAGAUGGGGGUGCGGGGGGUUUGCCGUCCUUGUCGCCUCGCGGGCUGGCCCAUGACUUGCCGUUGAGCCCCCACAGCCCCCCUCUCUGCUUAGACGUCGGGGCGCCCGGGGCGUCUCUGUCCCUCAGCUGUCGGGCGAAGGAGGGGCAUGGCGGCAGGUUGACGGCCGCCCCGAAUCCAUCGGUGGCCGUGGGGCUGAAGGCCGGGAGGUACUCGAGGUGCAGCGGGGUGUAGUUGAGGAGCCAGAAAUGGCAGCUGGUUCGGAUGCACAGCACGUCGCCGUCGAAACUCACCUUGACCUGCACAUCGAUUGUCCCGCCGUCGGUCACGCCGCACCCCACCAUGUGCGUCACGUGAUACAGGAGGCCACCGUGCCGCCGACCCCGACCCCGGCCCCGACCGCUGCUGCCCGCAGACGAGUCCAUCAAACUCUGGCUGCUCCGGCUGUCCACAUCGCCAGCUGGGGCCGAGUCGGCCGUGAACGUGCUGCCGACGCUCUGGUGCAGCCCCUGCUGCUGGAAGUUCGCGUCAGAUGCCGCGCUCUGCUUGCCGUGUGGCGACUCCUGCGGAGCCGACACAGACCGGAGAGACGAUUGGGGCAGCAGGUCCGUUGCGAUGGGCAUGGGAUGGGGGCGUGUGGGGGCCAUCUCAGGCCACAUGUCCACUGAAGCAUCGUCCCGUCGUGACGUCGGCGACCUGAUCGGCAGGAUCGCGCCAGAGGGUUGGCCGGCCAUGGUGCUAACGCCACCCAGGUGAACCGGUGACGGCAAUGGCGACGUGACCUUGACGCGCGGCCGCGCCCCCUCCUGCUGCGCCAUGGGUGUCUGCGUCACCCGAUGUGGUCUGCGGGGUGGGGAGGGUGGCGGCUGGCCAGUGAGGGCAGGGAGUGCAAUCUCGAGUGGGUCGCUCCAGUCGCCUCCCGGGAAGCGGAGGCUGAGCAGGAGGGGCUUGUUCCAGUCGAACAGCGUCAGGCCCUCGUCAUGGCCCGGCGGGAGGCAGCGCGUGAUGUCCCUGUGUGGGAUCUCUUGAGACACAGACCACCAAAGCGACCUGUGAAAUGAAUGACGACCAAAGCCACACAUGCACAUGAGGAGGGAGGGAGGGAGAUUGCUGAAUAUUCUUGCGUCGCUAGACCCUGACCUGGGGAGGCAGUUCCUGAGCCGGACUGGCUCAAAGAAGGUGAGCAGUAGGGCCGUGUCGUGGUCGACGCUCUCCGUCUUGAGGCCGCAGACGAAGGUGCGCUGUGCGGAGACGACUGCCGUGAGGAUGGAGCAGCGGCUGAUGGCGGCCUCCUGUGCAGCGGCAUUGGUGGUCUUGAAGUUGCAUGAGGCCGUCCAGACGGGGCCUGUCUCGGACCGCAGCUUGACAAUGAGGCUGACGCAGUACGCACACACGCUCAGGGGGACGGGCUUCAGCUGCUGCGGCAGCAGCUCGCACUGCCAGUCCUGCAGGCACACAAGAAGGCAAGGCUUGAGUGGAUCAAUGCGCACCACUGUGUUCUCUGUCUGGUGAUGUCUCGGCUCACCGCACUAGCGUUCGAUUCGGCAAGGAAGAGUAUUUCGAUGGGGUAUGUCAGGUUGCUCUGCACCCGCACCGGGCUGCCCAGCUGCAGCACCCGCCGGCCCAUCAAGGCUGUCUCGAGAAUCGUCAGCUGCCCGAACCGCCCACUCUGCGACGCCCGCGUGUUGCUACCCGUGUCAUACACGGGGGCGAAGUCCCUCAAAACCUGAAAAAGUUCAAGAGAUUCGCGACGCGAAACAGUGGAGAACACAUGGGUGUGUGUAUGGGGCGGGGCACUGACUGACCUGCAGAGGAAGAACCCGAUUCGCCAUGGGGAAGUCGGGUACGUCGAGGUGCAGCGACGAGGCCUUGUGGAAGUCGAAGAGCAGGGCCUCCUCGCCAGGGUACAGCUCACCACACCGCGGGGGGCCGUCCGGUUCGCCCCCGGGCAGCUCGUCGCGGUACCGCAGCAGAUGGCACGUGCUAUUCUUCAACCAGUACGUGUCCUGAGCAGACAGACCAGAAGACCAACCAGCAUAAAUCAGAUGCACCUUCCCCCCUCCCUCCCUCCCCCCUCUCUGGCUGGCUGGCGGGCGUACCUCCCGUUCGUUUCUGGAAAGGAAUCGCGGUAUCUGCCUCAGGUCGUGGUAGCACGGCUCGUCCUGCCGGAUGCGACGAGGCGUCUCGAUCCGCUGAUACUCCAACCCUGGCCACACGGGGGCCUCCCUCGCACCAGUGGCGCUGCUGCUGCCUGCCAUCACGUUGGUCGACGGCAGGGAUGUGACCCGCAUGAGGGACUUGGUGAGCAGGCCACGGAGGACCAGCGGGGGGGUCGUGGCGCGCUCGGGAGUGGCGAUAUGGUGGUGAUCCGCAUAGCCACGCGGCCCACCCGGUUGUAGCCGCCUCAGUGACACGGCGAGGGAGUCCUCUUCGACGGCGGUUCCUCCGCUCUCGUACCGACUUUGUGUGCUGAUGGCCAUUGCUUUGGCGAAGUGGCGGCUCUCCUUGGCGGCAUACCACAGGCCCGGCAGGACUUCCGGCACGACGCAGAGACGCACACCCUCGGGCAGAUCGACAGACAGACUAGGAUGGCGCAGGUCUUCUGCUUGUGGCUGGGCCGGUGGAGCGGUGCGGCGGCCGCGGCCCGUCUGGGGUGGUGUGGAGGGAGCCUUGAGGGGCACCACGGUGGCGGUGUGGAGUGGGAAUGGCGCCACCACUUGCAGCAGGCUGGCAGAGGUGAGCACCAUGGGGACAUCGCGGGACGGGGGAGGCCGCUGACACACGUACACGGACACCUGAACGUUCAACACACAUUACAUACAUUGGCAGGUGACAUGACGUCGUCACUGCAUGGCAUGGCAUGGCUGCAUGCGAUCCGUGGUGGUCACACACAAUUGUACACACCUGCUCGAUGUCUGCGUCCAGCCGGAGGCCCGGGUCGUCGGCCACGAAGGACGUCGUGUGUGUCGCCUUGGCGAAGCACGUGCUGGCCGACAGCUGCACCAAAGGCGUCAAGUAGGGGUGAGCCGCGAACACGUAGCUGAAACUCUCGACGCUCCACUGCACCUUGAUGACCAGGUGCGGCACCCGCCGCCUCGCCUUCCUGUUUGGCCUCCCCAGUCCGCCCCGCGACAUACCGAUGCCCAGCUUGGAAUGGGCACCCACAUGGUUCCACGCUCGCCGAUGCGGUGGCUGGCGGCCCGACAACUGAACCCUCUCCCCGGACGAGGCAAAGCCGGCGGAGGGACGCAAGUCGGCCACCACUUCGGGAUCGAGCAGGUGGUCCUCUGCGUAGGUUGCGGCCGACAUCUCGCUCUCGCUGUAGGCGUCGUCCGACUCGUCAGUGUGGUCGGAAUCCGUCACGGUGCCCACCGUGGCCGCACACGGCUCCGCCUCCCUUGUCGGCUGGCCGGGCGGCUCGCUGGUUGAGCCCCCUCGCGCAGUGAAUCGUCUGACGGAUGCCUCCAUGUCUUGGACCACUUUGAUGAUCGGCACUAGGUCGGCGGCGGUCAUGAGGAAGCGCAGGGGCGUGAUGAAGCCCUGUGUCUUGAGCUGGAUGACCUGCCGCCCCUUGAAGUGCUUGAGCCUGCUCUCGGCCGACACAGUGGCGUCCCAGGGGCUCUCCACCAGCGGCCGCAUUGAGAAGUCACACAGAGGGAGACUGACGCACUCCACAGCGUGGCCCACGGCAUCACCAACGUCAGCGUCGUCUUCAUGGCCGCCGGGAGUGAUGGACAGCAGCGAGUCCUGACACUCCUUGGUCAGCGCCCGCCCCUCACACACAUCCCUGGACGUCGACGCGAGCAGGCACUGGGCGAACCGCGGAAAGCAGAACACCGGCACUGCGGGUAAGCCGCCACCGUCAGGGGGUCUCGCCGUGAGACCACCGACAUAUGGCUGGCAGGCCGAGAGAUCCAUCCGUAUCUUAGGGAGGUACUCGCACAGGAACCUGCGCAUCUCCAGCUCCGCCUGUUGCCGUUUCUCGCUCCGUCCAGCCGCCUUCUUCGCCCCCGUGUGGUCGUCGCCCAGCCAGCUCAGCGCCCCGCUCCUCGUGCCGUCCUCGCCAUGCAUCUUGACGCUGAAGUCCUGACACCGAAACAUCACCGCCUCGACCAGCACCUCCUGCACGACGUCACUCGCCGACCGGCGGAGGGUCUGUUUCCUCGGGCCCGAGGCACCCCACAGGACCAGGCUGCCGAUGUCGAGCACGGCGGACACCACGGGGGGCCGCUUCUUCCCCUGUCCAUCUGGGGGCUGCGACUGGCUCCACGCCCUGGGCGAGUCGGAUCGGUCCAGGGACAGCGUCACAUCCAAGGGGCUGACGCGCCGCUCCUGGGCCUUCUUGGGAAGGGCCGCCUGAGAGCCCACUCGCUCGGCGUACUUCUGUGCGUCGUCGCCCAUCUCCAUCUCGACCGUGACGAAUGAGGGCGUGCGGUGCAGCGUGGACGCCCCGUCAUACACCGAUGCGCUGUCCCUCGACAUUCGGACGUCCGUCGUCGACUGCCGUGGCCUUGCGGCCUGGUGUUCCUGGUCUCCGGUGACAGUGUCUUGGUGGUGGGGUCGGUCUGACGAGUAUCUCCUCUUCGUGGCGGUGGCUGCGUCGUGCAACGACGCGAAGACGGCCUGGAAGUCGCUGACGAGCAGCAUGACCGGAUGCAUGUCUACGGGCAGGAGUGAGAGCUGCAGCUCGGGGCUGUGGCACUCGACGUGCGCCGCCAUUCGGCCAUGGCGGCCGGGAUGGCUGAUCUGGAUCGAGAGGGACGUCCCGUCAUGCCGCUGCUGAAGCCCGGGCUGAACCACUGCGGCAGCAUCGGAUAUCGCUCCCACGCCGGUCACAGGAGGGGCCUCCCAUUGAGACCUUUCCACGUUCAGCAGCGGCAUCAACAGCCGGGCCUCUUCCCUCUCGUCGAGCCGCCUCGCUCCCACUGACAGGAGCUGGAAUGCCGGCACAGCGUCCUUCUGCCCCACGGCCUUGUUCGAGGAGGCCAUGACGAAUGUGUCCCCUCCCUCCACGUAGGCGUCGACCAUCCCCUCCGUCGGCCGCGCCUUGACCAUCAUCUGCAGCCGCUCCGCUGUUGUGGUCACCACUGCAGACACCGGGCACUGCAAUGACGCACCAGCGGGCAUACCGAAAGACCCGUGCGGCGGGGACCCUCCGUGUCGACACCUGUCGAUCCAGUCGUCACCGUGGAUUUGCAGCACCGGCCGGUAGAGGGUCAGCUCCAUGUCGAACAAGGCCGGGGCCUGCAGCGCUGUGAGGGCGAAGAGGUCCAUCGAGGCGGCCGCCGCGUCCAGUGUCGAGGCAGACGACUCACCCGGUUGGCCGCCGGCCCUAAGGGCCUCGAAGAAGAGCAGCGACGUCUCGGCCAUGAAGCCACCGAGGGAGCCGAUCUCUUGUGCGGCGCGAGGCAUCACGGAUAGAAGUAUCAGACCGGCAGAUGCGUCGAUGGGGGAGCAUUGUGGAAGCCUCCCGAGGGUCGCUUUGACGAGUGUGGGUCGCCUUCUCACGCUCUGGGGUGUCACCUCGACGCUCAUGCCCGAUGUGCUCCAGCAGCUGACUGCAUCGUCGGGAACGGAAGCGGGCGCCGCCUCGCCAGUGGUAAGAUCGAGCGACAGAAGACCGGAGUCGAAGCUCACGCUGUCGCCCUCGCAGGACAGCUGACACCGGGAGAGCUUCAGCACCAUGCCUUUCCUCACCGCCCUGCCGUUGUGUGUGGCGGUCGGAUCGGUGCACGACAUCCCAAGCGAGCAGUUCUCGAUCGUCAGGGACACAUCGGGGGGCUCCGUGGCCUGAUGCGACGGCAUCGCACUGCUGGCAUCUCCGCUCUCAUCCACGAGCUGCGCUGACGGUGAGGGUGCGCGGCCGCCCUUGACACGGGCGGAUGCGUCGAUAGGCGUCGCAGCAGUCUGCUGGCCUCUGUCGGCUUUGCUCUUGGCAAUCAUCUUCUCAAUGGGGGCCACUCCACACUGGCGGGCGGCGCGCAACAUCCACCAGCCUGCAUUCAUGGCAUGGCCCACAGUGGUGUGUGGUGGGUGCGACAAAGGAGGGAGGCUUGGCUUGCGUCGGACCGGACACACCCACCUGUUUUGAGGAAGAAGCCCCAUGGGACAUCGAUUGCCCCGCCCUUGAAUGCCACUUUCACCUCCUUGACCAGCGGCCUCGACCCACGAGCGCUGACAGAGGAAUGAAGCAAGAUGCCCACUCAAUCUUUCCAUCGCGUCGUCCCAUCCAUCCAUCAGCUCACCUCAUCUGCGUGACAGCAGAGAUGCAGACAGGAAAUCUCUCGGCAGGGGGCGGGAUGAAUCGCACCACCGUGGCACGGACAGACGAGCCGUCAUCACCAGCACUCUCCAAUACGGCCUCCUCAAUGCCAAGCUCCAACGCAUAAGAGGUCGGACGGGCGGUGCCGCCAGGGCUCGCUGCCUCUGGGCGGAUCGACAGCUGCACAUUGUCGAACGUCGUUGUGCACAGGACGGCCUCAGGUGAGUCACUCUCCUCGCCCUGGUCGGUGUCAACUGCCGGCCAAUCGUCCCUCACUCCUCCCCUACACUCGUCCGGUGCCGUCCGCGGUUUGACUAUGGGCGGCUGCCGAGAUGACACCACCCUUGUCUCAAGACGAUGCAGCACCAUCUCUGCCAACUCCAGCCUAGUGCCAUCUCGAUCGCUUGCACCCACAGCUCGCGACUCCCUCCGCUGCUGCGGAAGUGCAAUCGUAUCCACCCAGGAGGCGAGCCAGCGCAGAGUCCUUAUCGACGCAUCAUGGACCUCCAGCACAGCCCCGCCCAGCCGCACUGCCACACGGACAAGAUGUACCAUCGUGACGGGGGGCAGACGCUCCUCGUCUCCACGCCUGCUCCCGCCCGUCGAAAAGGGGGAGACCACCAGGGCAGAUGGGGACCUCCUGGCCACCAUCGAUGGGGGGCUCUCGACGGCUGCCGAAGCGGGCAGCGCCCAGUUGGGGCUGUGGCUGUCCUGUGCUGCCUCGGAGGUCACGGGCGAGAAGCAGCAGGCGAUGUGGAGAGAGAGCCGGUCAGCCCUGUCGGCUGCAGGCUUCGGGUCUUGCAACCACGGGGGCGCGGCCGCCUUGUUGGCGAGCCACCUGGACUGGACCAGCACCCGCACCACCGGCAUGAAACUGGAGAAGACCGCAUCGUCGGAUUCGGGAGACACCAGCAGGCCAUUACCGACGGCAUCCACCGAUCUGAGAGACACCGAGACGCUUUCGGGGAUGCUGCGGGUCUUCUGCGUGACGGGCACCGGCGGCCCCCUGCCGAAGCUGGAGAAGAGCGGCAUCACUAGACCGCCCUGGUCGCGGCAAUCGCCCGCAUCAGACUCCCGCGUCGCAGGCCGUCGGUCGCGCACCACGAUCCGCUGGCGAGCAGUGGGGGACAACUGGGGGGACCUCGGGAGGCUGCUUGUCACAUGGCCGUGCUCGCAGAGAGUAAAAGUGCAGACGUCGACAGCGAAAGAUGAGGGCUCAUCGUGUGUGUGGUGGCCAGAUCUGUAGGUGAUGGCGAUGUCUUCUACAGAGGCUGACAGCUGGAAAGGAUCCUCCUCCCCAGCAGCCGUGAGCAGAGCGAACACCUGCCGGAGGCGGAAUUGCUGCUGCAGCGCCACUUUGAGUGGGAAGCCUCUGGUCACCAUGACCAUGGCUCUGCUUGCCCUGCUGCCCGGCGUCAUGACCUUGGUGACGACUGGCUCCACGGCGUCGUAGAAGACGUCCUCCGUCGCCUCAGGACUGGCGUCACCAGCACACUCUCCCGUGUCGGCAGCAGCCGCAUCAUCCGCUUCCACGAAGAAACUGGGGGCCAGUGGCUGGGCAAGGGGCGACUCGCUGUCAGUCGACAUGAGCGCCGCCACCUUGUGUGCCACGGCAGAGAGGUCUGCUACGGUCGCCGUGGUGACCCCCACUGCCAGGGGGCUCACACACCACUGCGCACUACCCCUCAGCAGGCCAUCGUCCCGCUGCACACACAAAGACAGACAAAUGAGAAGAGACACCAGGUGCAGGCAAAACAAAAUCGACACGCUGGUCUGGUCUUGUCUAUCCAAUAUAUUGGACCUACCUGUGUCGGACCGCCCUGAAUGUCGACCACUCCUAAGAUGCGAAGCGGCUCGACAACAGUGAAUCGACGAAGCGUCUGGACCGACGGCACCUGCACCCCCUCCUCCACCAUGUGCACUCUCGUCCCGGCUGCUUCCCGCAGCCCCUUGUGAGGCAGAUACACCACCACGCUCACACCAUGCACCUCAGGCCGCACCUCAACCAGCCUCUCGUCCGCAAAAGAAUCAUCGCGCCGACGAGCCGUGCCCACAGCGAUCCUCUCGUACGUGACUUCAGCGCAGGCAAGGACAGCAUCUUGGGGGUGGUCGACGCCGCGCAGGAACGUCUUGGCAGAGGCGCCCAGGGAGACGACGUCCACAUCGAUCGAUGACGCCCAUGACGGGUCGACCUGACUGCCUCGCGUGACGGCCUUGCCUCGACCUAAUGGCUUCCCGUUCAGCAGGCCAGUGAUGGCGGCAAACUCCGCAAAGGCUCUCCUGGCUGCGGGAAGCUCCAGGCCGACCUCGAAUGGCUGUAUCCUUGCGAACACGUGUGCCGAAGGGCCCUUGGGUGAGGGGGGCGGUGCGGGCGGUUGUGCCGGCUGCCGACCAUCGUGGUCAAGCGCAGCAGCUGCCUCAUCUGCCUCGCCGCUCCCGCCUCCCGCUGGUGGUGCAGGCUGACGUCGAUGGAAGACCAGGCAGAAGAAGUGCGACACCGCCUCUUGCUCAAGCACAUCCCUCCCAGGCGCCUCCUCCAGCUCAGCCACAAGUCGGUCCUCAAUCGAGGGCUUCGCGUCGCUCUCAGCCUCGAAGAACUCGCUGUCCUCAGCCGCAUCGUCGUGCGGCGCAUUGGAGGCCGACGAGGGUGCGACGAGCGAUCGCGGGGUCUCCUCGCCGCCAGCCAGGAGGGCGUCCACCUCGGUCAGCGUGCCGGCCGACCUCUCGCUGAAGCUCCGGCGCUUCAUGCUGCCGGUGGUGCGUGAGCGGUCCUUGUCGCCCUCGAGCCGCUUGAGGAACUCCAGGCCACUCUGCCGCUGAACUGACUGCGUCCGAGGCUCACGCUGAGACGCCGAAUUGACCUCACUGCUGUCCUCCCGUGCGCUCACACUCCCGCUCUGCCCGUCAGAGGGAACCUGGCCUGCCGCAGCACUCGCAACCUCGCUGCUGGCAUAACUGACCGCAUCCUCCCGCUCCAUAGGGCCGCUAACAUCGCCGUCACGCCGCCUGAAGUCUCUUUGAUAGCCAGCCCACAGCCUGGUCGGCCUCCCUUUGACGGCGUCGUAGGCAGCGAAUGACGCGCUCUUGACCACAAAGGCUGAGACACCAUAGCGGUGCACUGCCACGCUGUCCGGACGCCCUGCCGUUUCAUCAGCCGAGGGAGCGUUCUCGUUGCUGCCUUCGUCUGCGUGUGGCGUCCCUCCCUCUGCUUGGGUCCUCUCGAGCGUUGCCGCCUGCUGCAGCUGCAGAAAGACGCUGAAGGUAGACAGCGACGCAACUGUCAUGGCGUGCUGGUCUGGCUGCUCGGCUGAUGACUGCAGCUGUCUCUUGAGCCGCCCCGUGACAGUCCCCACCCGCAGGCGGAGGCUAAUGGCCGUGAUGAUUGGAGGGGCGCUGCCGUGAGACUGGAGCCGACGGUCUUCAGAGAAAGAUGACCCACGGCUAUCCAGCUGCACCACCGGAGCUGAAGGGUCCCCACGGGCGUCUCGCGGUGGGCCACCAGGGUGUCGGGGCGGCUUCGGCGCACGUACAGGGGGCUCCGUUGCAGCGGGAGAGGGAACUGACGGUGAGUCCUGCAGGCAAGCAGGCAGGCAGGCAGGCAGACACACAGGGUCAGCCCAGCCAGCCCCAUUGUCUAGCUAGCUAAGAAACCGUGUCGUGUGGCAUCUAUCGUGCUUACCGGUUUGGUGACACUUUCUCGCCCUCCAUCUCUCUGCUCGACAGCAGCGGCAUCCCCAGGUCGGUGUGCAGGGGUGUCCCAUACGGGCGGGGGGAGGGAGUAGGGCGAGGGCGGCCCCGAGUGGUGGUCAGAUAGAUGCACACCACGGCCAGUGGACAUAUCCACGCCGCCCACCGCCCCCUGCUCUCUCUGCGGACUCUGCAUGGCGUCGAGCAGCGCCGCCAGGGCGCUCAACUGGUUGAUGCUCAUCUGCCACUGCACUUGCUGCACGUCCAUCGCACAGUCGAGACAAUAGGACGCCCUGGAUGGCGGCUGCGAUGCAUCACACGCCGGAUCAGCUGCAGACGACCCACCCUCCGUCUUCGACCCCACCUUCUCUGGCCGGUGGGCGAGGUCGACAAAAGCCGAGGCAUCCAGAGGCACAAGAAUGUACCGAUUGCGUGGAGCCCUGUCGGCGACGAGGCCGAUCCUGGACCGCAUGAGCCGUUGAUAGCGCCUGGAGGACGGCAGCAGGUCGGUGGUGCUGAUAAGGUCACACGCACCGGGGUUGACAUACACAGAGAGGUCGCUCAGACGAGUGAUCUUCUGCAAGCCCCUUCUUCUCUUGGCGGCGCCAGCAGCUGGUGCGGCCACCGCGGACAGGGUGAGCUGAGAGAAGCUGGCGCCAGCUCUGACGGGGCGACUGGGUGAGGUCACGCUGUCCUCCAGGACCACAUGCACCGACGACACCGACACGUGCAGCAGCCGCAGCAGACCCAGCCAGAUGCGCGGAAACACAUCGCUGAACGGAUUCUCGGUGGCAAACACACUGUCACCACCACGGGCAGCACCCUCCCUGGCCGGUGGCUGCAGCAUGGAGCUGCUGCCGUCAUCGCCUGCAGCCUCGCGUGUGGGGUCUUGCCGGACCAAGACGAGGAAGACGCUGUCGACCUUGAGGGUCAGAUUUGCUGUGCGCCAGAGCAGGUUCCAGGGGAUGGACACCUCCAGCCGGCCGACAUAGCCCGAGUCGAGCCGCAGAGCUGCCGACUGACCGAUGGGCUGGCGCUUGACGGUCAGGUUUUCCAGCACGAUUGGCUCAUGCCAGCCAUCCCAUGUGACGCGCAGGUUGUCGAGAUCGGCGAUGAAGGCGCGAAGGACCCUCGAUAGCAUGUACCUGACAGACAAGACACCACAUGAUAUGAUAUGGACACACAAAAGUAAGUGCUGCAGGCUGGCUGCAGCACUGCAUGUAGCGGGCAGAAUCCGUCCUUUGAUGACAUCCUACUGACUGUACGCCGGUGAGCACCUGAGUAAGGAACGCAGCACCAUGGUCCUGUUUGUUCUUCCACAAUCAAUCAAUGAUCUCGAUACACAACAGAAGCUACCCCAUAGGUGCGCUGCAUGACCACGACGAUUGCUG